AAUUUGCGAGCAUAUGCUCAAAGUAUGGUUACUAGAAAACAAAAUCGAAUUAAUACACUAUCACAAGAAAAAAUUAUCCUCCAGCUAAUAGUUCGAUGUAAAGAUGGUCAAAUUACUGAGUAUAGGAGAACAGCACAUAGAUAG